GACGAUAUUAUUUCUUCGUACGUCACCAGCAUUGAUAUGUCCAGGAUGUAAAGUUAGGAACUUAAAAAAAUAAACUAGUGUAGUCUGAAAGGACUUACUAAUACUCGAAAUAAAGGCAAAGACUGUGCUAAGACUGGUCACUGGACCUAAUUGCCAAGACAGCUUGGUGAGAUAUAACAAUUCAUGUUUCUGGUUUUCACGAAACCACGCAUCAUCCUUCACCGAGAAUCUUUGUUCAAGCACCGAUAACUUAAGUUAAAUAUCUACCAGAGACAGGGAAAUAAGGAAAUUGAGAAGAUGGAGGAAUCAUCGAGUCCAAACAAUUUGACAGAACAUAAAGCAAAUGAUAACACAUUGUACUGGCAGACUGAACAGAAGCUCGGGACAUGUAUGCUUCAUUUAUAUAUCAACAAUAUGUGGACAGAUGUAACGUUCAGAUGUCAAGACCAUGAGGAAGAUGACAAAGCGGACAGAAUUCGUGCGCACAAAAUAGUCCUUGCAGCAAGAAGUCCGUUUUUUCAGGGAAUGUUUUUUGGUCAGUGUUCAGAGAGCAAAGCAGAAUUCGAUCUACUUACCACUCAGUCAAAGAUAUUGGAUUUAGUGUUGCGGUAUAUUUACAGUGAUGAGACUACUCUGGAGGAAACUACCGCACCAAAAGUCAUGGAGCUGGCACAUUUGUACCAAAUUUCAUGUUUAGUAAACUACUGCGCAAGAUUUUUGACUACUUGUUUACGACCUGACAACGCUUGCGAACUAUUAGAAUUAGCGUUGUUGUAUAACCUAACCGAGUUAAGGGACGCUGCAUGUGUUUCUAUUGAUGACAACGCUAAACAAGUACUAGAUUCAGAUGGUUUCCUUCGAAUCUCGAAUACCUGCUUGACCUACAUUCUGAAAGGUGAUACUUUUUUCGAGGAUGAGACAUAUGUAUUUAACAAAGCUAUUGAAUGGACUGAGCGUCAGUGUGCACACAAUGAUCUGACAGCCAAUGGGAAAACCAUACGUAAUACCCUUGGUGAAGCAUUUUAUUACUUGCGACUUCCGGCGCUUGAGAAUCUGGAGUUUUUGAAAUGUGUGAAGGGCAAAGGUUUCUACACAAUGCAAGAAAUGGAAAAUAUCAUUGAAAAUAUAAAUAAUAAAGAAGGCGACGCGGUUCCAUGUCACCGUGUUUGUAAACGAGUGAAACGAAGAAUAUAUGUGAUUGUUCCACCAGUUCCAGAUAAUGACGGAUUGGGAAAAUCAUUCGAAAACGAAAUAGAAUGUACGCUUAUAGCCAAAGUUUCGAGAGAUUGUGCAAUUCGUGGGCUUUCCUUGCAAAACAUUGAACCACUUUUAUUGGAAGAUGAAAAUAAAGGUACAUAUCGAUCUGCUAAAUACUCUUACAAAAAAGACACAACUGUUGAAAUCACUUUAGAGUGUAUGUUCUAUAUAGAAGAUAUCAAGUUUGAGAAAACAUUUCAUGUGAAUCAACAGAAGAACAUGUCAGUAGAGUUAUCGGAAUCACUCCUGUUACCAAAGAGAGAUACUCCUUACACACUGAAAUUUAAAAUGAAAUAUUCUUCUGAGCGUUCUAGCAUUCAUUUAGAAGCUAUCUGUGAUCCAAGUUUUAAUAACACGGGUCAAGGAGCAGUUUACACAGGUGCCUUUUCAAACAAGCUUGCAAGUCAUACAUGCAUUAACUUUCACUACAGUUCAAAUCAUGUUAAUUGCAUUAAAAGUGUUUGGAUAGAUAAUUUUCCCAAUAGGAAGACUGAGGGUCCACGUAUUUGUUGAUUCUAGUUAAUACUGAAGGAGGCGAUACUGUAGAAAAAAUAUGACAUGGCAGUAGUGAUAUUUUUUGAUAUGAUCACCUAAAAGGAGUAGAACCUAACGUGUGUAAUAGGUGUUAAUAUAAUCUUAGAAAAAUACAACUCACAACAAUCUUAUUUGAUGUUUCAUUGGAUGAAACCGAUUUUAUAUGCAUUACAACCUUCAUCAAUUAUAACAUUCUUAUUUGUCUUCGUCUGUCGGGUGUAGUAUCCAGUCAGUUUUAGUGUACAGCUUGUUCGUCUAUAUAUAUUUCGUUUUAUUGUUACUGAGCUUUGACACAAUGUCAUCUUUGAUUUGAAAGUUUUGACCUUACACACAUUUUUAUAAUGGGAGUUUAUGAGAACAUCAUAAUUUUGAAAACAUUUUCGCGAAUAGAAUUUUAUGCAAUGUAGAUUUUAAUGAAACUUUUCACAGUCGUAAAUACAUGGUGAAAUAACAUGUAAUGGUAUGUGUGCUAGUUUCUGAGAUAACUGUCCAUGACUAAAUAGAUCCGCGCAUUCAAGCUGAUUUUAAGACUUUUUUUUGAAUUAUUGAACACGUCAUAUUAUAACUUUAGAAAGAUAGUACCUUUGCCGUUUAAAUAAUUUACUCACCGGUUGCCAAUAAUUCAUUCCGUACGCCGAAUCCAGGCUUUAUUUAACAAAUAAUUAAGGCCUUCGAGUGGUUUAUCGUCUGAUUUACCACGGUUCAGAGUUCAGAUGCGUAGGAAUUGAACCACGAGGGCGUUAGCCCGAGUGGUUAAAUACUGAAGCAUCUGAACGAUGAACAGUGGUAAAUUAGACGAUAAAUCACAAGAAGCCAUUGAUUGUUUUCAUUCUGACAUGAUCAUUGCUAUAUUUUAAUAAAUAUUAUGCUGAACUUCAAUUACACGAGGAGUAAUGUAUCGGACGUCAUGCGGCAAUUUGACGCCAUAAUUGACGUCAUAAUGCUCGCUUACCGGUCCGCGCGUCAACCGUUGUUUAUCGCAGAAUAUACAGAGCUUGAUCUUUCUUUCUUCAACUGGAAAUCAAAUCAUGUUAGAAUCUACGUUAUAAAUGACGUUACGCCAUUACUUCUGGUUGAACUGUUUAAUCAAACUGGAUUACACAUGUGAAUGUGCACGAGCAAUAUCGAUUUCACAUUUACUCUUGUUGGUUAUUUUGAUUCAAAAAUCAAAUCUACGGAACUAAGGUUUUGUAAUAGAGGAUAUUUCAAUUGUAGGGUUAGACUUAGCUUUCAGAACCUGGCAAUAUUUCAAUACACAAAAUCGCUUUGCAACUUUCUAGUUAUUGUUUAUGUUAUGUUCCUUCUUAUAUGAAUAAACCUGUGCAGUCCUAGAAUUGUAGUUGUUGAUGUUUUAUGUUUGAAUGAGUUUCAAGUAAUUCCGGUACAAUUCAGGUCAUAUGUCAAUUCCCAAGGCUCAGUGGUAAC